CACUGAUCCCUCCUGCUACAUCUUCUUAUUCUCUGGCAGACCAGGUGCCUAUGAGGUGUGUUAAAGUGGACCUACUAUGCUCAUUUUUCGGCCCUUUGUAUUGACUUUGGUCUCCUAUAGAGCAACUACACACAAUAACCAGCACAGAAAGCGUUGUAGUUCUUCCAGAAUCUGCACCUAUUCCGCUGUAUUUUUUUGGAUUUUGUGGUUGCCGCAAAAACAUACCGCAGACAUACGCAGUACUUCAAUCACCGGUGGUUCUAAUACGGCAUCCCUCCAUGUGAUGGGUUGACGGUGACAUAUUCAACACUGAUCCCUCCAGCUACAUCUUCUUAUUAAAGGGGACCUACUAUGCUCAUUUUUCGGCCCUUUGUAUUGACUUUGGUCUCCUAUAGAGCAACUACACGCAAUAACCAGCACAGAAAGCGUUCUAGUUCUUCCAGAAUCGGCACCUAUUCCGCUGUAUUUUUUUGGAUUUUGUGGUUGCCACAAGAAUAUACCGCAGACAUACGCAGUUCUUCCAUCACCGGUGGUUCUAAUACGACUUAAUUCCAUGUUCUGCAAGUUCUUGAUGUCAUCUCCAGAUGUUUCUUCCACCCUGAAAAUUUUGCUCAAAUUAUUGCUAUAAUCACUUUAAACAUCUUGUGUCUCGCUCAUUCUCUCAUGUUUGUGUACUUGGGACUUUAGACUACGUUGACGUCACUUGGGAAAUGCCCCUUGCUACAAAAUGUAGCAAAGGUCCUCGAUGGAAAAUGUUUGGACAUGUGUUCUAUUUAUGCUUUAAUUCAUGGUUGGCUAUUCGGUGUCACACGAUGAAUUUAAAAACGGGCUCUGAUACACCCACACACUUUUACGAGAGCCAUUUUACGGGCUUGUAUUAGUUCACAACAAGUCUUGUGGAAGACGGAAGAUCUCACUUGUGCUGUUGGCCAACCAAGACGUGCAGUAUGGGAGGUCUGUAAAGGUUUUAUGGUACCAUUGUACCACUUUUGUAUGUAUGUUUGCAUUUAUUGGAUACAUUCUGGAUUGGCUGCCAUUAGAUUGUACAAGUCUGUCUUAUGUGAGGGGUAAUUUAGGCAUGAAGUUCCGUAGUUUGUUCUGUCAGGCAGGCGCCUUGGAGUUCUAUUCCCACACCUCCACGGCACACCUGGUUUUAAGUAUUACAUAAAAAGGCUAUGAGUGACUUUUGUGGAACUUUUCUGAAGUGUACAAAACGUACUCUUUGGUGUGAUGCCCCUCCUCCUCCCAAGUGCUGCGUGGGCUGAACAAUAUGAUGGCGCAACAUGCAGCAGCAUCACUCUUCUGCCAAGAACUUUAUAAGCAAACACGUCACCUGAAAACGAAAGUGUUCUGAAGGCAUUCACGGGGGAAUUCACACUGAAGAAGAAAUUGUACGAGAUACACGCCACCCCGUGAUGAACGCGUCUUCCUCGCAAAGUGGAGAUCCGAUUCUCCAAAAUCUGUGGGACUACGUGAGGAGCGAACACAAAGAUGUCCUGCUUUCUCCUUAUCUGCCGGCUUGCAGCGCCUUCAUGUUGCACGUCAUGUUCUGCACACCUUUCCUGGUGCUGGAUGUCCUGGCCGGCGUCAGUCAGCGCAUCCGCUCGUGGAGGAUCUCCGCGCAGCCGCCGUCGCCCGUCUGCCAAUGGCUGGAGUGUCUGUGGAGGAUAGUGGUCCGCUACCUGACCGCCGUGCUGCCCGCCACGGCGCUCCUUCAGACGCUACGGAAUCCCCCGGUUCUCCCUUAUCACGCUCCGUCUUGUUGGCAGCUUUUUGUGGAGGUUUUUGCCUGUUUUCUGCUUUUUGACACCUUCUUUUUCGUAUGGCACUUAUGUAUGCACAGGUGAGUACAAAACAGUGCUGGCUCGUGCACCUUGUAGCAGUUAGCAUUUUGUAAAUGACAUACAUUAUAUUAUUAAUGACAUAUUAUUACAUAUUACCAGUAUUGGGGGAAUUACUACACAAAUACACUUACCAAGGAAAGUAGUUAUUGUGCUACUUUUUUGAAAAACCUUAAAAUAUACCAAAAAUUACGAUUUUAAUAAGCUUUGUAGUUCCCUGCCGGUUACCGGAAGUCAGCUGAUGCUCCCGCGAACCUCGUGAGGAUAAGGCACAGAAAAAACAAUAGGUGGGUAGCUUUGUAUUGUGCUUGUAUCGCGAGAGAUGUGUCGCGAGAUUAAGGCCGAUGACUGAGCUCGUGACUUGAAUUGUCUAUGCUGCUAAUAAUGUAAAUAAUGUAAAAAUAAUAAUGUAAUUUCUUUUAUCUAUCUCUAUGUCAAUGACAUUGUAUACAUUAGUACCUCGCUACAUCGCAGUUUAAACUUGGGUUUUCACAUUUUAAUUCAUAAAUUGUUGCUGUUUUGUGGUUGACUAUUAUGGCAUAUUAUUAGUACAAAAAACAAACAUACAUUGAAGUAUAAGUCAUUUUACAUUGAUAAGACAUGAGAUUGAGAUGAGAUGAGAGAUUACAUUAUUUUAACAGUGCAUAGAGUCAGCCAUGGCAUGUCUGACAAAAUAAAGUGGGAAAAAAAAGUUCUCCCAUUCCAUGUGGAAGUGGUAGUUUUGGCUUAUUUCUUUUCCCCACUAAGUUUAGAACAAUGAAAUAAGGCUAAUUAAUUAGUUCUGUAGCUUGCUAUGAGUGGCAACCGUCUCUUGUAAUAGUGUAAAGGAGGGGGGGUACAGGGGGUGUCAUUUUCAUGUGUACAGGGCUAAUGGUAAAUAGGUAAAAAAAAAACAUUUUUAAUGCUCUUAAAUAUGCAAGUAUUACAUUUAUUUAUAUUGAAUGAUACUUACUGCGGUCAGGUCUGGAACCAAUUAACCGUGGGGGGGGGGUUACAGUUGUAGAUGGGAUGCAGCUGUGCUCCGCCCACAUCAGGAAAAUCCAACUCUGUGGAACACAAAAAGAGAGAACAGUACAGAGCCCAAACAACACAAAAAGAAAACCAAAAAAUGACAUUAAGAUUGCAAUUAUUUUUUUUUCAAGGUCCAAUUAUUCUUUCAAGACAUUGUCAACUCAUUGUCUUUGUUGUGUGUAAUACGGCCUUACUGUGUUUACCAGUACACAUUGACUCACACCAGGAAAUACCCUGGGUGUAUUAUUGGGGUUUUUUUGCCUAUGAGGAUGAAGUGUAAUUGCAUAUCCAGUACAGUAGAUGGCAGUGGUGCUGUCAUUGUCAGUGUAGUAUUAGCUCAAUGUGUAGUGUUUUUAUGCACAGUGAAGAAACCCUUAAGAGACAAAAUGAAAAAAAAAAUUUAACAGGGAUGAAGAGACGGAAGUCUCCCGAAAGUUGGAAAUGUAGCGUAACGGAAAAUAAUUGAGAAGCACUGUUCCUUUUGUCAUUUUCAGUGACAAUUACACAUUCACACACACGCAUUCGCAUAUAUGAAUAUGCACACUAACAGAAGUACACACCUCCAUUGGGUGCUUCCUUACACAAUCUACCAUCUUAUCCUUGAUGUCUUUAUGCUCUUGGUAUGCUAUUAUUACAGUA